CUGUCCUUUGACGCCGAAUUCAACAAGAAAUUAGAUUGGACAAUUUUUGCAGAUUGUGGAGGACAUUUGGGAGGCCUGAACGGCGCAUUAUCAGCGCCGCAAUAUCCGCUGAAAGAUUCACGGACACUUAACUGCGACUGGCAUAUUGCAGUAGCUGCAGGUAACUUGGUUCGAUUCACUAUAACCACGCUGGAUGAUUUGAAUUCGGCCGACUCAAAUGGCUUCUGCUCAUCGUUUGCACCAAAUUACAUCGAUGUAGCUGAAGGUCCAUCCGUAUCUGCUCGUAUUCUAAGGCGUUACUGCAAAAAGGAGGUUUCGUUAUCAUCUGUGGAUUCUGAAACGAAUCAGUUGACAGUGCGUUACAGGCAGCAUGGAGGCACUCAUUUCGGAUCGCUUUUUGGCUUUCUGGCACACUACACCACAGGCUUGCUUUAUUGCUGUACAUGAUG